UGAAAAUCUGAAUCAUCGACGGAAAGUAAGGGAGGGAGAGAAGGGGGGUGACUGUGGAGUGAUGGGACACGGCUGAGGAAACAGCAGCGAGCGAUCACUCUCCGAGCUGGUAAUGAAAGCAGACAGGUGUGAAGGAUGACUUCGUGCUCAGAGAUAUGUGGGUCGGAAUACAGUGAGCAGGCUCAAUCCAGCGGAAACCACCAACAGUAUGGAGUCCGCUCCUACCUCCACCAGUUCUAUGAAGAGUGCACAGGUUCAAUUUGGGAGCGUGAUGAGGAUUUUCAGAUUCAGAGAUCGCCAAGCAGGUGGAGCUCUUUACUCUGGAAGGUCUGUCUCACGUUUGGCACAUUGAUCCUCAUUACUGGCCUUAUAGUUGUAUUGGUGGGUUACGCAACACCGACUAAGACUGAAGCAUUUGGUGAAGAUGAUCUCCUCUUUGUCGACAGCCACGCAGUCAGUUUCAACCAUGCCCUGGAUGUCUGCAAGCUGACUGGUGCGGUGCUGUUCUGUGUGGGCGGCACCUCAAUGACUGUGGGUCUUCUGAUGUCCGCCUUUGCCAAAAGCUACUCCAAAGAGGAACUAUACCUGCAGCACAAAUUUAAGGAGCGGUUAGCUGAUAUCCAUGCAACUGUUGGUUCAUCAAUAAUGAGAGCACCAACUCCUGGGGAAGGAAAGGUGCCUGUAACUCUCUCCAAAGUUCAGAACAUACAACCUGUGGCAACAAAACCCGAAACCUGAUCGAUGCCCAAAUAAACAAAGACAUAAAGUUAUAUUGGACUCAGGACUGAUCGAAGUGCAGAAUGCGUAUGAGUGAGUGCACAUGUGGGUGUUCUAUCAUCAUCUAUAUGAGCAAAUUAUCUUUUGAAAAGGUCGGCUUACAUGACAACUGUUCCUUCGCCAUCUUUAUUAGCCAUUUUUAAUAUUAUAGCAUAAUUUUACACAGUGAACACAGCUGAAUAGAAUGUUCUGUCAUCAUUUGAACCACAGUGAUAACAACUCGGAGAGCAAGGAUGACUUUAUGCAGAAAACAAGGCACAGAAGCAAAUGAAAAAGCAGCAUCUAGUCAAAAGCAACACUGCAUUGUUUUUGACUGUGACUCACUUUUUGCACAAUGACAGAGGAUGUUAAUGAGAAAGAGGGGCUGAAGGGAGUAGACCAGCUCAUUUCAUCCAUAGCUCGACAGGAAAGCUAUGAUAAUUAAUAUGGCUAUUAGUGUGAUACCUUUUUAGAUUACGUAUGCUUCUUUUCGGUGCUAGUUGUCAACAAACCACAGAUCUAGUAUUUCAAACCCCUGAGAAAAGUGAAAACUCCUAUUUGGCACAGAGGCACAUUGGAAUAGAAUUCAUAGGAAGAACAUUGACAUUUUCCUCUGGCUUAUUACUCCUCUAACCUUGUUUCUUCAAUAAACCUUCAGACAGGAUCAAUACACGGAGCUUAGGCACAGAGAAAGAAUCUAUAUUGCACAAGAGAAAACAUGAAAAACAGAAUUGCUUGGUAAAAAAGGAGAAAUAAAAAAUCCCAGUGUCAUCCACUAUAACUAGAACUUUUGGUUACCCCAACCUCCCCAUUCUUUGUUACUAUUCAAAAUGUAAGGAUAUAGAAACCCAUGUAUUCAUCAAAGUCAUAGCUCAUUUUAUACUAUGCUGAAUUUAAAUAUUGCUAGCAGCUUUUCACAAUCUGGCCUUAUUUGUGAAAACUAAAGUAAAAAAGGCCUUGCAGGGAGACAAACACCACAAGCAGGUUGCAUAAUAGGUAAUUAGAUGAUGAUGAUCAGAUGCUGAUGAGCAACAACAUGCAUUUGACAGCAGAAAAGGAUGAGCUGCUGUGACUCAGAUAUGCCCAAUAAUGGUUUCACUUGCAAAAUCGGAAGUUAUACAAUCACACCCAGCUGUACUUGAUCAUAUCUAUUACAAAGUAACAGAAAAUAUCAAAAUAUCAUCAAAAGUGUGUUUUUUUUAUCUAUGUGCUGUGUGUGAGAUUCAAUGUUAGGAGUGUUUUUUUUAUUUUAUUUUUUUAUUAAGUCAUUAGGGUAAAUCAUUCAUACCUUACUGUGGUUUAUGAGAACAGAUCUGGUAUUAUUGUAAAUAUAUUACCAAAUUGAAAUCCUCUCUUUUAAAGUUGUUUCUGUUUUUACUGCUGUUAUUCUUUUUGUUCCGUCUAUUGAAUUAUGGAUGAAAUGACUAAUAGGACAGAUUGUUUGUACUGUACCUGAUCAGAACAAUGCUAGUAGACAAGAUCCUGCCAAGCUCAUUCACAGUGUCACUAUCAACUAAAGCAGAGGCAUCAUAUGAUGAAUUGCUUUGCUGGUCACAUAUAUUCAUGUAAGUUGACCUUUGACUAUCAUUUAUACAACCUGCAGUCUUUCUACAAAAUGCAGCAAAUAAUUUUUAGGUUAUUUGGUUUCAGACAUACAUGUUGGUAAUGACAUAACAAUAUGUAACAGUAGCUAUUCUUAUGAGGCUUACUGAACCACGGAGCGGUGAGAAGAAUCUGAGCUAUUAAAAAAAAAAUUGAUAUGUAUAAACCCUCUGGUGUGGUCUGAAUCUUAGUAACUGAUCAGUGAUUGAUUAUGAACUGAUGUACUGUUGUAUGUUAGCUUAAUGUUUCAAAACCCCAAGAUAUGUUUUGUUUUUAUUAAUUUAUUUUUAUUUUUGAACUAUUUUCUUCUGAUUUUCUCCAUACAGACUCGUCUGUACAGAUGUAAGAGCCACUUAUCCCAGUCAAUAAUAAGAAUGGCAUCUAUUGGAUUAAAACAAGAUAUAUGGGUGUCUACUGUAUCUGCAGUAUGCUUAUUUUUCAAAGGAUACAAUAAAAAUCAAAUUUUAACAGCUCAGAAAAAGGUGUGUAAUGUGCUGUUCUGAUUUAUACCUUCAAGUACAUGUCACUAAAUAACUGCAUCAUAAAAAAGGUCAUUUAUUUUAGUAAUUCAGUUUAAAAACUGACAUUCAAACAGUAUAUAAAGUUGACUUAAUGUUAAAGUUGACCUUAUUCAAUUAGUAAAUCCAUCCAUAUCAUCAAGUGUUUUUCUCCAGGCUUUAAAAACAGCAGUUAUUAAGCCACUGAUAAAAAAAGAGACAAUGACCUACGGCUUUGAUGUUUUUCAGUCCGGUUUCUAUGCUCACCAUAGUACUGAGACCGCCCUCGUCGAAGUGUUUAAUGGCAUCUGUAUUUGCAUAAAUACAGAUUGUAUUUAUGCGUUUUUGUUGGACCUCAGUGCAGCAUUUGACACUGUUGACCAUGAUAUAUUAUUAAACAGACUGGAGAUCUGGAUCGGACUCUCUGGUACAGCACUCAAAUGGUUCAAAUCCUACCUAAAGAACAGGGACUUCUUUGUGUUAAUAGGUAACUUCUCAUCAGAGCAGACAAAAGUCACAUGUGGGGUACCCCAAGUUUUAAAGCUAGGACCCCUCUAUUCAAUAUCUAUAUGCUCCCAAGCAUAACAAGAAACAAGACUAGUUGCCAUAACUACGCAGAUGAUACUCAGCUCUACAUUACAAUGUCAUCAAGUGUCUCUGAACCCAUUCAUGAACUGAACAGAUGCUUAGAACAAAUCAAUGCAUGGACAUGCCAAAACUUUCUCCAGAUGAACAAAAAGUUAUUAUCUCUGGACCUAAAGAGGAACAAACUAGAGUCAGCACGCAGCUUCAGUUAUUACAACUACAAACUAGUGAUUAGACCCUUCAAGUACAUAUAAAGACAGUUACAAAGUCAGUCUUAUCUCACCUGAAGAACAUUUCUAGGACUAAAGGACUGAUGUCCCAAUGAGAUCUAGAGAAACGCAUCCUUGAGUUUAUCUUUUGUCGCAUUGAUUACUGCAAAAGUGUCUUCACAGGUCUACCCAAAAA